UAGGAGUGAAGGAAUACUUCUCGAAGUCGAGUACAACCAAUGGGGCCAGUGCGUUGGGGACACUGCAAAUGAACUGGUUAGCCAGAUUGGCUUGUAUGCAAGACGAAAUCUUCCACUGGCAUACAAUGAUUGGAGAAAAGUUCCAAUGGAAUUUAAAAAUCUAUUAUGGGAGUACAUCAAGGUAAUGCUAAUAGCUAAGAUUAAUUUGCAUAUGUAGUUGAAUAUUUUUUGCCCAUUCUAACUAUUAUUGCUAAUUUUUGCAGUCAAUGUUCAAGUUAGGCCCAGAAGCUAAGCAUUCUACCUUAAAAACUGCUGGACGAAGAUGGAAAGACUAGAAAGCAUUCCUAACAAGGAACCUAAUUUUCAAAUACAAAGAUAAAGUUCCAGCAAUGCUCGAUCGUCCUCCAGAUGCUUAUGCUUCAUGUUACAAGCCCGAAGAUUGGAAAGAAUUUGUUGCCAAAAGAUGUAGUCCCGAAUGGGCAAAAAAGAGAAAGAAAAUGCAAGAUAUCAGGAGUCAAAAUACAUACAAUCACCAUGCGGGCCGAGGUGGUGUUAAGAAAGUUGAAGAAAAGUUGGAGAAAGAGUUGGGCCACCAGCUUACUAUAUAUGACAGGGCAGACUUGUGGAUUAGAAUACACACGAACAAAAACGGCGAGCUCGAUGGCCCUGCUCAGGAGGUCGCUGACCGGAUUGCUGAGAUACGAAAGCAAGUUGAGGAGGGGACAAUAUUAGUAGAAGGCUCAAAAGACAUACUCACUCUAGCCUUGGGAACAGAAGAGCAUGGAGGACGUGUUAGAGGAAUGGGUGGUGGUGUCACACAGACACAGUUUUUCAAAACCCCGCGUCCUAAAAGAAAGAGAGUCGAUGACAAUGAUCGUAUGAGUGAGGUGGAGAAGCGACUUGAAGAGUCAGAGGAACAUCGUCGUAGACAAGACGAAUUAUUAAAUAAACUCCUCCAAAUAGUCCAAAGCCAAAGUGGUGUUGCGGGCACCUCACAUGCAUCUGGUUCAGGUGUUGGGGGAGCAUCCAACGAACCAGCUUUUGCUGCUGUUACCUCAGUUCUAGGAGCAACACCUACUGCCAGGCCCUCUGCUCCACCAACUGGCUGGGCCUCUACUACACCAAAUGCCAGGGCCUCUGCUCCACCAGCUCCCAAGGCCUCUGCUCCACCAGCUCCCAAGGCCUCUGCUCCACCAGCUCCCAAGGCCACUAUUCCAACACCUCCACUUGUUGCCCCACCAGCCACACCUUGUGCAGCUGCUCCACCAGCACCAUCUCCGGUUACUUCUGAUAAUAGAUUGAGGUGUGAUAUGUACGUGAUUGAUCCCAAAGAAAAAGAUCCGGUCUUAGUUGCAUCAGGUUAUGUGAAACUUGAAAAGGCAGACAAAGAAGGCAAUAUUAUAAUACAUGGAGUUAAAAAGAAGUUUGAUGAUUUCAAACGUGUCUUUAUUGAGAAGGUGGUUGAAGAAAAUGCCAUUCUACCAUGCCCUAUAGAACAUGAAGGCUUCGACACAGUUGGUUUAGCUGUAAACAAUUUUGUAGCUUGGCCAAAGAACCUAAUCAACAUACAUCCAGAUGAUUUAGCGAAGAUGAAAGGAAAGAAGAAAGUUUCAAGAGAUCAUUUGGCUCCACCGACUCAGCCACCGAUAAACCCAAAGGGGCCUAAUAAACAGUCUGUCAAACGGUACAUUCCCCGCAAAGACACAAUUAUUGUCUGGACUUUCGAGAGAUUGUGA